AUGCUAUCGUUUGGUCGUAUCGAUAAUUUUGCGAGCAAUUGGGAUUUGAACAGAAGGAUUUCUCCAGUUGUGCAGCAAAGGAGGAAGAAGAAGAGAGUCUCUAGCUCCGCCAACCUCGCUGCCAUGAACAGGAGGGGUUCGCGGGGCUACUCGGACCGGUGCGUCGUAUCACCGAUGGCAAAGGUAGCCGUCUGUUCCCAGGGGCGUCCCAAAUUGCGCCUACCAUCCUACCAGACGUUUGGGCCACAUCUACCGUAA